GAGGAAAUGACUCUACUUCUGUGUAGUGACCAGCAGGGGGCGACUCCUCUGCUCCCAUAGACGUCUAUGAGGAAAUGACUCUACUUCUCUCUUGAUUUAUUCCCUCAGUAAACAUUGUAAACAUGAGUUUAUGGUCUCAGUCUCUAGUUUCAAGUCUUCUUCAAUGCAGCAUGAUGUUCAUUUUGUGAAUGAUGGUCCAUUUAGACUCAAACACACUGAUUGACAGACUCAUUCACAGAGUGUUUUCACUUCAUGAAAUCAAAGAGGACGAGAGGCCAAACUGAUUCUUAUGUUCAGUUCUUCUCUCUCAGGGUUCAGCUGGUUUGGGUCUAGGAGAGCAGGAUGGUUUUGGGCAGCUAGAAGUGAGACCUUUAUACAUGUUCUUCCCCCACACUCCACACACAUGCUUUGGGGUUAAUGGUGACUCUAACUGGCUCGUAGGUGCAUGGAUGGAAUGAGGUGUGUCUCCAGUGGACCCCGUCUCUGGCCCGAUGUUAGCUGGGAUGGACUGCAGCCCCCCCGAGACCCUCCAAGCACAAGAGGUGUAGAAGAUGGCUGGAUGUCCAUUCUUUGUCUCAGUCGGUGAUCUCGUCCCACUUCGUCCCACUUUGUCUCCACAUUCAUUCAUUCAUUCUCUGCUCAUCAUGUCCAGCUGGAGCCUCCUGUGUGUUUGUCUGAGUGGAGCCUCGCUGAGCCUCCUGCUGCCUGCUGGGGUCCAGGCUCAGUACUAUGACGUCACUCCUCCCGACUACGGCGACUACAACGUCACCUUCGAGUACAGCUUCUACAGUAACACCAGCAGCGAGGACUUGGAUCAGUUUAGCGAGCGAUUCAUAGACGGAGAGGAGGACAAAGGAGGGCGGCGGGAGGAGCAGGACGUGACUGUUACCAUAACAACCACCCGAGGAACCACGGAGCGGGGCGGAGUCAAUGUUCUAAACGCCGCAUCACUUCCUGUUCCUCUGGAAAUCAGGACGCUUCUCUGGACUCUAGUGACCCUGAUCAGCCUACAACACACACUAUGAGAAGGACACGCACACAGGUCGGUUCUGAAAGGAAAGAAGAUGAACAACAGGUCUACAACUUCAGGGGGGGGGCAAAGCCAAGUGGUCCGCCUGUCUUUUUAAUUCUUUUUUAAUUGCACACUUUUUCACCGGGGGGAGGGAGUCAUUUCAGGGGGUGGGGGCGCCCCCCUGUUUCAAUGGUAGGUGAAACACUGAAUAAUUAGCUCAAUAAUAGCAACAAAGGCGUCUAUGCUAUUGAGUGAUAAAAAGUUUAAAACAUGUCUUCUGAUGGACUAAAAACAAACAAGUCAACGAGGAAUAGCUUUAACAAUAAUACACAUAUUCAUUCACACCUGUUUUGGUUUAAAAAACAUUGAGCAGCUUCAUAAUGUAAAAAGCAAUUUUUGUACAGUUGUUGGUGUUUUGCAAUAAAAUGUCUGAAAAGUUA